CGCGAUCACUCUGAGCGGAAGCGGAAUUAUUAGUUUCAAACGUGCAGGAUUGUCCUUCCGAGGAUGUGGUUCGAUGGGCUGGUCAUGCUGAUUACAUCAUCCUGACUGGGUCAAAUAAACACACAGAGGCACCGAUAACACUGAGCACACACAGACAGACUCAGCCAUGAUCCUGACGAGCCGCAGUUUGUGUCUUCCUUCUCGAGCCACCGUCCACGAGCUCUUCUCUGUGGCUCGAGAUGCCAGCAUCAUCCCUGAUAUCUCCUUGGAUCCUGUCCUCACCACGUUCCUGUCGCUGGACUCCCCAGCAGCGCUGCAACAUCACUACAACUUCUUACAGCGGAGCAUGAGCGGGGAGCAACAGACCUUGUUCAACCUGAACCUGACAGCGGAGCUGGGAGGCAGCAGGGUCACCUACGGAGGAGUAGGGGUUGUCGCUCUGGCUCUGUCCAUGCUUUUUGACCAGGUUGCCCAACAGGUCCGAGCACAAGGAUCCACAGAGGUUCGCGCCUCGGCUCAAAGAUCUUGGCCUAAGAGGAUAUUUGGCAUCAGCACCUCAUCGAGAAUCGGCUGGAUUGUCCACAGCUACCUCGGCCUCAUCCCCGGCAUCGCCAACAACCAAAAUCGGAUGGCUGAGACCACAGAGCUCUACGAUAACUGGCUGAAACUCGAGCUUCUCGACCAUUAUGAGAGGAUGACCACGAGGAAGAGAAUGAGUUCAGUGUCCAUGCAGCAGUGGCUGACAGGAGCUGCAUUUCACAUGCACGUGAGAAUCCACCAGGCCCGUCUACACUCUGUGCCGUUGGGAUCAGUUAAUUCGCUGCGAUUGUCUUAUAAGACGGGGUUAGGUCCCCUAAUUCGGGGCUAUACAGCCUAUCUACGCAAAAACAUCCAGGAGACUCCAGCUCCUGGUCCACAGAAACCAAGAACCAGUGCAGCCAGCAGACCGACACACACUAACUCAUCCCUUCUAGCCAAUAGGACGUGCUCCAGCAGUGUCCUUUUUAACGUUAGCCGGGAUGGUCCAAGUAAUGAAUCUGCCACACCCAGUUCACCUGCAGGGAUUACCAGAGGCUGUAACACUGAUGGACCAGGUGGAGACUUUGGAUCUAAUGUCCUAAGUGGAAGCAGCAAUACCACCAUGAGUAAGACACUCAAUGCUUCGUCCAGAUAUAACAGGGAGGAGGAAGGCAGCAUACUCGGACUGUUAGUCAUCGAGCCUUCGAGAAACGUGAGUCACAGCGUGCAGCAUCACCCCUGUGAGUCUGCAGCCAUACAAGAUGCUCUGUUGACUCGGAUUAUCAACGCCCAGGACCUGGAGAGGAACAGAAACUUUUUCCUGUACCCUGACAAAGUCUUUCAAUGCCUCCUCAAGCAGAGGGACGACUUUGAACUGAGGACAAAUUAGACACAGAAACAUAAACUAACAUAACAUUGUUACAGUCAAUCUGUCAUAAUUUACUUGUCUAUUAUUUAGGACACAAAUGAAAGUGCUCAAGCUUUUCAUUGAACCAUCAUCAUUUAUAGCAAGUAAUGUCAUUGUCAGACAUUUUUUGAUGUAUCUGUCCCAAAUUACAGCUCGUGAUUCACGUUUAAAGUAAGAAAGACCAGUGAAAAUUUCAGGCUUUUAUGUUUAAUAUUUUUGAGAUAUUCAUGUUCAAACAUGGUCUCAUAUUUCAAUUUGUGGGGUUAAAAAAAAAGGCCUGAAAAUCAGUGAACAAGCCUUAAAAAGAAAGAAAAGUAUGUAUAUGAAGCAAAUAUUUCACAUCAAUCAGUCAGCCAAUCAAUCAGAAACUUUGGAUCGUCAAAUUUUUAGACAAAUCAGAGCAGGUCGAGCAGAAAAUGUAGCAAAAACGUGAUGAUUUGAGAUGGAAGGACCCAAAUGUUAAAUUAUUCCUUUACGUCUUACUCACUGUUCUGCUUGUCUGGAACAAAUUAAACAGUCCUGUACUGAAUUCUUCUCUCAUGCAGGUUGUUCUAACUUUUUUAGAGAAGUGUUGAUUCAUUUCCAGGUGUCAUGGUCUCUGGUUUUGGUCACAGGGUUUUUGCAUUUAUGAAAUUUUUUGAGUUUCUUUUGGGAUUUAAUUGUUCCACUGUUUCGUAUUUUUAAAGGAUUUCACUCAAUAUUCUAAUAGUGAGUUUGAUUCCUUGUGAUUUUCUUGAGUCUUAGACGAGUUUCUGUGUUUUAGUUCAUGAUUUCAUUAUUAUCCUAAUAUGCUGUUUAAUUGUUCUGCUUCCUGUCUAGUCUUCAUUGGAAGCCCAGCUAUAAUUUACUGCUCUAGUUGCAGUUUUGAGUUCUUGACCUUUAUUUGGCUUCAGUUUCUAUUCUGAGUUCAUGUCUUUAGUCCCCUCAGAGUUUCCUUAUCUGUUCUUUCUGCUGCCUCAUCCUUCUGCUUUAUGUCUCUGUCCUCGUGUUAGUGUGACUCAUCUUACAUACAGAGACAAGCUGUGAAAUAACAGUUUAGCGAACUGAAACAAAAAUAAAAACUGGACUUUUAAUAAAGUUAAAUAAAUAUA